AGAGAAGAAACCGUCACAUCUCCCACAGUUGAAUUGAUAGUGUAAUCAUGGUUGGUCAAAUACAAUUGACUUUCCUCCUCGCGAUCGUAGUGUGUAUAGUACACAGUGCGCCAUUUACAGACAACCAGAACCAUUCCGUGCAACACGAAGAAACAUGGAGGGGCAUUGAUAAGGCAAUUGACACUCUAUUACCUUCCACGCGUAAGUUUAUCUUGAAGGAAGGAAUGGACCCUAUGCGAAUCGUCAAUUGUUCGGAGUACAUUUUUCCAUUUAUGCCUGGAGAGCUCAAGGGAAAUAUUUAUCUCUACAAAGGGUGGAUGCAAAACUUGUCGCUCAUGAAACGCACCAAACACGCGUCUGCAAUACAUAAGGACAAACGUUUGACGUUGGACGUGAAUUUGGGAUUUGACGUUUUGGACUUUAGCUACCAAUAUUAUCUGACGUAUUUACUGUACAAUAGAAAGGGCGAUUUAUACGGUCGUUUAUAUAAACCUGAGAUCAACGUCGUGACGACGAUCGAUCUAAAUAAACACCACUUGAUUCUCGACUCCAUCAAGUUUACGAAUAUUUGGAAAGUCGAUAUCAAAUUCGAAGGUCAUCUUUUGGAUCGUAUUAUAAACGCCGUGACUAAAAUAAUCACAAUGGCUUUCGAAAACCACGUGUUAAAGGUCAUUGAGAACAACGCCAUGUUGGACUUUCACGCAAUAUUUGAUGACUGGAAUACAAUGACUCCACAGUCAGAUCGCAUGGAAAUAAUAAAUAGAUCGCUCGAUAUUAUGAAUAUACAGGAUUAAUCUUUAUCGUUCUAUAUAUGAAAUGUUUGUUAUUUUGUAUCCCAAAAAGUCUAUUACAAGCAUUUCAUGUCCGAAAUAUUGUAAUUUAAUUGCUUCAUAAAAUUGAGUAUUUCUUUUUUAAGUAACUGACUUGUCGAUGUGAAGUAUCCUCGCAGGUAUACAUAUAAAUUGCUUUUAUUCAAUAGGAAAAUAUAUCAUUAUUUGUAUUAUCCAACAAUUUGAUAUGUGAUCAUUCUCCACCUUAGAUAAUGGAUGUUAUACCUUAAUUAGGGAAACACGAUUUAGAAAAAUAAGAUUACAUGUGAAAAACACUUAGGCCUACAUUCCUUAAUAUUUUUUUUUGAGCUCUGUAGCUCUCCUUUCUUUUCGUUCUUUCGCUCUUGUCAAUGAUACUUAACGUUUUGUAACACUUCUAAAGAUACGAAGGUUACAAAACGUUGACAGGGUAGACCUUAUAGAAUAAGUCUAUAAAGAUAAAACUACGUACACACUUGAGAAUCACUUGACUCUAAAAAUAAAGUCACAUGCAUUAAAAAAAAA